AUGAAAGUCGACAGAGACGAGGCUGCAAGUUCUUCGGUCGACGUGGACAGAAGCACAGUAGAGGCAGAGAAGUCAGAUGGACCAGUCACCCAUCCCGAAGAGGCACUUCCAAACAAUGGUGCUGAGCUACCCGGUGUGCCCUUUGAAGAACUUCAACAUGGUAUCCAGGAAGUUGAGGCCGUGGCUCAGACCUGGUCGAAAGUGUCCUUGAUCUUCGUUUUCAUCAAUAUGUGGCUCCUUUACUUCACUUAUGCCUGGAUAUCGUCAGUUGAUGGCAGCUUGAGCACUUAUGUCGCUAGCUCCUUCCAACAACACUCUCUAUCUGGACUUCCUACCGCCAUUGCAGAUGCUUUUUCCGCUGCCGUCUUCCUUCCAGUGGCCAAGAUGAUGGACACUUGGGGUCGAGCCGAAGGGUUCCUGGUAAUGUCGAUUUGCGCCACUGUGGGUCUGAUUCUCAUGGCCUCUUGUAAUAGUUUCCCUGUCUAUUGCGCCGCAAAUGUGUUUUACUACAUCGGAUUUGGAGGCAUGCAAUUUGCCGUGGACGUUAUCACCGCCGAUCUGUCGCAGUUAAAAAACCGAGCACUUGCAUACGCUUUCACGUCUUCUCCAUAUAUUAUUACGGCCUUUGCUGGACCAAAGGUGGCCAAUCUAUUCUACGCUAAUACUGGCUGGCGAUGGGCCUAUGGCACUUUCGCGGUCAUCUUCCCUGUCGUGGCUGCUCCGUUGUUCUUCGUCCUAAAGUUCAAUCUGGCAAAAGCUAAAAAAGGAAAUGCCGUGGUCAUCAGAGAGAAAAGCGGACGAUCCUUCCUUCAAAGCGUCUGGUUUUGGACUCUCGAGUUCGAUUUGAUCGGGGUUUUCAUCUUUACAGCGGGACUUGUCCUGUUUGAGCUUCCAUUUGAUAUCGCUAGCGAGGCUCCUAAUGGCUGGGGCACAGAUUAUAUCAUUGCCAUGAUUGUUAUCGGAUUCUCGAUGCUCUUCUUCUUUGCGUUCUACGAGAGGUACAUCGCUCCUACGCCUUUGCUCCCCUACUCCUUCCUCACCAACCGAACCGUCGUCGGGGCAUGUCUCUUAGAUGCCACGUACCAGCUUUCAAACUAUUGCUGGAAUAACUACUUCUCGAACUUCCUUCAAGUGGUUAACGAUCUCACUAUUGCUGAAGCUGGGUAUAUUACCAACACAUUCGACGUGGUUUCUGGUGUACUUUUGUUCUUUGUUGGAUGGGCGAUCCGAAAGACCGGUCGCUUUAAGUGGCUCCUUUACAUUUCUGUCCCUCUAUACAUCUUUGCCCAGGGUUUGAUGAUCUACUUCCGUCGUCCCGGCCAGAGUAUAGGUUACCAGGUCAUGUGUCAAAUCUUUAUCUCCAUUGGCGGCUCGAUCUUUAUCAUCGUCGAACAACUAGCUAUUCUCGCUGCCGUUGAUCACCAGCAUGUUGCUACAGCCCUUGCAUUGCUCAAUGUGGUCGGUACCAUCGGAGAUUCCGCAGGUCUUACUAUCUCUACGGCAAUCUGGAACAACACAUACAAGAAGGCCCUCACAUGGUAUCUGCCGGACUUGACAAACUUGGACAUGAUUUAUGAAGAUCUCGAGACGCAGUUGAGCUACGCUCCCGGUACGCAAAUGAGAGAGGCCAUCCAGAAAGCAUACGGCUAUACACAGGUUAGGAUGCUUUCUGCUGGCCUGGGUGUGAUGGUUCUGGCAUUCGCGUGGACUAUCAUGAUCAAGAACAUCAACCUGAAGAAGGUUGCUCAGGUCAAGGGUAUGGUGUUCUAA